AUGCCUCUCAAAUACCAAACACAGCUGGUGACAAAAGGUCCCUUUGGGAGGAGGUGUGCGCUGUUGUCCAGACCCCGAGGCAGCCAAUCAGCCCCAAAUUAUGAUGCUUCCUCCACCACGCUUCAAGAGUUUGAAGCAAAGCUGCCCACUCCUCCAGAUGGGACAUGUUCAGAACACUCUAAAGAUAGCAGCACAUCCUCAAAGGUGCUCCUGGAUGAUGACGAGGAAGAGGAGAACACUCUUCUUGUAGACCUGGACCCCCUGCUGCACCACCCAGCCCAUGCCGGUUUCUCUGUCUUUGGGGUCCAUCCUCCCGUCAGCCACAGAAAAGGAGCUCACCCUCCUUUCUAUCCGCAACCCUUCCAACAUCCUGUCACGCAGUACAUGGAAGAGAAGGUGUUCCCUGUGCUUUUGCCUGGGCUUGAGGCGGUGCUCAAAGAAGCCCAGAAGCAAGGAUGUUUGCAGAAAAAAGUAAUAACAUUUAACCCCAUUGACUUCCUGGUGGAGUGGCUCUACAAUCACAACCCCCGCAGAAAAGGACAACCUCCACGACAAUUUAACAAUAUCCCAUUCGUCAGAGCCUGGCUCAGUAUGCAUCCGAGGCCCCCCAUCCCUCUCUACCUGCAGUUGAGCGACGAUCAGGCUGCGCUGAUCAUCCAGUCUUUCUGGAGGGCCUACAAGGUCAGGGCACAGCCUCACGUGCAGGAGCUGCGCCGGUGGCAAAAGGGCUUGAGGGAAACCCGCGACAUUUCCAAGGCCGUUUCGGACUUCUGGGCUCGAGUCGAGAGGCGAGUGGGCGCAUCUAUGACAACCGAAACAGCUGAAAGCACCGAGUCUGAGAUUUCUGAUGUGUCUGUCACCAUGCUAUCCCCCACCCUGCUGAGCACGGCUUUCCCCACGCCAUUGAUCACCCCGGACGGCAGUGAGAGGCUGAUACCUAGCCUGCCUGAUGUGGACGAGCUAAGCCAUGCAGAUUCUACUUCCAAGGCGUCAUCAACAUCGACUUAAUGGACACAUGGGAGGUGUGUCAGAAAAGUUGCUGGACUGGUGUUGCAAAAGAUUUCUUAAUCAUUUUCAAAAAAUAAUUUUAAUUCUUCGGGGGUUUUUUGGUUAUAAAAAUGAUGCAUUUCAAAUUUCGAAGUCAGUAGAAACAGAGUUUUCCAUUAAUAACAACAGUGUUGUUUUUGUCAACGACGACUAAAAGGAAAAUAUUUCAUCGACGAACAAUUUUUUUCAUGACAAUGACCAGACGAUAAUGAGUGUUAAACAUGUCUUGGGAGACUAAAACAGUAACGACAUGAAUGCCAAUUUUCGUCUGACGAGACUAAAAUGAGACCAAAAUGCGCCAUUGUUUCCGUCACGUUCACAAUGACUUGCCUACAUCGUAGCACUGUUUGGUUGUGUCACUCAUGUGGCGUUAGCAUUAGGCUAUUGCUAACGGAACUUUCUUUACAAUUAAUUUUUUAUUUUUUUUGCAAACAGUUCAUGGCGUGCAGGUGGGUACUAAUUAAUUGAAAAUGACCUGUUUUCCCGCUGAGUGUUGUUGAAAUUCGCCUCCCCAGACAAGCCGCACAGAAACAGCGACAGCUGAACAAAGUGCUGCUCUGCCGAUGGUGCCUCCGAGCAUGCCAUCCGGGAAGGUGGAAUUUCGCACGUUCAUCUCGCAUGUUAACUCUUUGUACUGACUCCAUGUUCCAAAAGUUUGAAAAAGACUCGCCGAAAGCAGGUUGACAAUUUAUUCGUCGACAAUGGUCAAAAACAAGGCAAAAACAGACGACGGAGGGACAAUUCUGGAUCCAAAACAAGGCUACAUGUUUCCGAGCAGCAAAAUCUGUGUUAUCUCAGUGUCCAGUGUUUUUAAGUCCGUGAUGUAGUGGGCCGGCUGAAGGUGUGUCCGGGCAUUGCUUUUGGAUCAUCCCUCUCUGGCCGGUUUCGGGCUGUUUAGGUUUGUGUGUGGAUGGGAUGUGGUUGCCACAGCGACCGUCGCUGGUCUUGACGUCCCAAGCGCCUGCUAUCAACGUUGUUAUCCAGGCCAGCUCUACUUGUUGUCGGACAAAGAGCGCUUUGUCCUUGCAGAACUGAUUUGCAAGUUUUGGUGCGUCAAUCUUGCUUGUGGCGCACACGUUGGGCUACUAUGAUAAGAUGGCAUUGUGUAUUUAUUCUGAUUUUUUUCAUUAAACUGUGGUGUGCUAUCUAUUCUACACUAGAUGUGUCAGAGCAGUACAGUCCCACAGUAAAUAUGAGAAAUGAUAAUAUUCCCUGAUUAAUUGUAUUCCGUGUGUUCGAGUAAUGCAAACAGUUAGACGGUGCCUAUGAGAAACGGUACCAUUUUUCCAUUUCCCCCUCAGGAGCUCCGAUAAGGUGAUUAACUUUAAUGUGUCAAGGCCACUGAGUUAAGUCUGCCUAAACUAUAGUUAAAUGAAUGUGUUAGACUAAUGCAAACAAUUAUAUGGUGUGUGAGAGAACGGUACCUUUUCCCUUCAGUGUGUAUUAUCAUGUGAUAGAUUUGUAGAUGCUUGUAGAUGCUACAAUAUGUGCUAGUCUGUCAAUGUUCAUUCAAAAUAGUUGGAAACCUUUUUUAAAAUUUAUUUUUGGAGACAAAAUUUUUGAGUAAAUGUCGACUAAAACGAGAACAAUUUAGUCUGAGUCUUCGUCAACAAACGCUAGACAAAGACAAACACAUUUUGAAAUGACAAAGGUUAAGAUCAAUAAGUACUAUCGUCCAACAGACUAAGACUAAGACGAAAAUUAAAAUGGCUGCCAAAAACAACACUGAAUAAUAAUUAAAAAAAAAUAUUUAAAAUAUUAUGAACCAUCCUUGAUAGUGAACGUCCAAUCAUUUGAACCGGGAUGAUCGCUGCCCGCCUCUCAGAUUUCAAAUAGAUUGGACAGCUAUCGCCAUCAAAUACACUGAAACAAUUUUCGCUGCCAGCUCUCCCAGCAAUAAAACACUGACUAGCAUGUGCUAUAUGGGAAUUAAAAAAAGUCGCUCUCUGUGGCACGAGACAUCAUAGUAAUGGUAGCCACUGAUUGAAAACUAUAGUGCUAACAGCUAAAUUCUAUUAACAUUUACAAGGCCACUAACCCGACUGUCACACGGGCCAUUAAAAAGCUUGUAACCAAUCAAACGCGACCAAGCGAGGAUUUAUGCUGUGAUACGCGCAACCAAUCAGGUGAUUGCCUUCAUAAAUGUGAUCACCUCACAGUACUUGCGCUUUACGGGCCAUCAGAAUGUCAUUCUGUCAGCGGGCACUUAUUUCCGUUCAAAAAAAAAAAAAAAAAAGUUCCACCGAGGCUAGGAAGUGAGCGCAGCGGAAAAGGGAGACUCAUUGUGCAAGACUGCACCAUUUUUCCUGUUUAGCAGGAAAUGAUCCAAGUGGGGAAGCAGGUGAUAGACAGAAGAAAAAAAACACACACACCUUUUUCCUUUCUCGCAAAAUAUUUUGAUUUACACAAGUAUUUCCGUUUUGCUUUGAUACAGUAUUCUAAAAACAUGGUUAUUUAAAAAAAUAUAUAACAUUUGUUUUAUAUUUAGAAUUUUUUUGUUCGUUAACAAUAUAUUGUAUACACGUAAAAAUAUUUGGGAAUUUUGAAUGAUAACUUUGUGAAUUAUUUUAACGUAAAUUAAUUAACUGCCAUUAGCAGCAAAAGGUGUCCAAUGCAUUUUGACUGCGAAGGCUGGCAGCGAUCGAAUGAGCCCUCAGUGACAUUAGUUUGGACUAUUAGUCUAUCGUCGUCAGUGGCAGUAAAACAUGACGACUCAAUGUCAACCAUCACAGUUGAUCAAUGGCAAUGAAUAAGUUCAUAAUGGAUAUGUGUGUAUGUGUAUACAUCGCAAUUUUUGGACUAUAAGGUGCACCUGAUUAUAAACCGCCACACACCAAAUUUGACACGAAAAAGGCAUUUGCUCAUAGGUAAGCCGCACCAGGCUAUAAGCCGCAGCUGUCCUCACUGUAUUAUGGGAUAGUUACACUAAAAGAUGUUAACCGGUAACACUUAAUUUAACAGUGGCGCCAUAAACCUGUCAUAAAAUCGUCAUAGGUAUGACAUGACACUGUCAUGAGCAUUAACAAAUAGUGAUGGCAGAUGUCAUUUACUGUAAUCCGGCAAAUUAUCUCACUUUUGAAUGGAUGCAAAUGAUCCGAGUGGACAUAAAUGGAGUUAGUGACAAAAAUCUGCCGAAUGACAAUGACAUCAGUCAUAAGCAUUCAUUAAUGCCCAUGACAGUGUCAUGUCAUAAUUAUGAUGGUCUAAUGACGCCACUGUCAAAUAAAGUAUCACCUAUUAACCGAAAAAAAUCAACAAAUAAACUGCACUGGACUAUAUAAACAGCAGAAUUCAAAAUGAGGGGAAAAAAAUUGCGGCUUAUAGUCCGCAAAUUAGGGUACUAGAGAUGAAUCGAAAAGUUGAUGGCAGAAAAUGUUUGGCCAAAAUGUAACUAAAAUUGUGGUUUCUGUCUGAAACACGUUUUUUUCACCAAAAUGCAGUGGUAUGAAAAAGUAUCUGAACCUUUUGGAAUUUCUCACAUUUCUGCAU